CCUAAAACCACCUCAUGUACCUACUACGGUAAACCACCUGAUUAGUCUACAGUACUAAUUAUCCUAUCUUCAUAUUGGACCAACGGGAUUCUAAACGGUCUUCAUCAGAGAUACCACGAAAAAACGAAAGUUAUUCAACGGGGGUUACACACCACCGACAACCGGUAAUGCACCGAGGUCUUUCGUCUGGUAGACGCCCCGUCUUGAAGUAAUAACUCAAUUGCUGCAGCAACGCGACUUACUCCCGCACCAGGCUUGCCAGGCUUUCAGGGACCGGAAACUUCUUUCUUUUGAUUUUUUUUUCUUUUCGAUCCCCACAUCCUGAUGUUAGACGACAUGUUGAAGGGCUGUCCUUGUUAACGAGGAUCAUUCAUCAUUCUAGCCGCAUCGUGUCCAAUUGUCGCCGCCCAGCUUACAUUUGCUUUUCAUUGGCUGCAAGUCAUUAUUCGGACCAUCAGUCAAAUUCGCUGGCGACCGAGUCAGAAUUCUUACAGCCUCAGGCAUACAUGAAAAAUUUCUUGCUCACUUGGAAGCACCUGGGGGCACUUUGGAAGUCAAUGCGAUAGGCCAUGCUGUUCCGAGGGUCGAGUCUCCUGCUCAACGAGUUUCCCUAUCAACAGUUACAAACUUUUUUUUUUCCUCUUCGUUUACAUCACAAUAUCGGCAUGAAAUAAUACAGUUAAAAAGAUUUGCGGAUGCUGUGUCCCCAAGAUUGAACGAAGAGCAAGCAAGCCAAGUUCCGAGUGCUUUGAUUUACCUUGCCGGUUUAAAAAAAGCCAUCCCAAACGCCAUCCCAAACUCCCAUGCAGCAACCCCACCCGCACAACACCAGUCAAAGUCACUGAAGCCAUUCAGCUUAAAUCCAUUUGCACAUCCGUGCGAGAACCGAUCGCCGUCGCCGCCGACUCUAUUUGUGUGGGCCGAGGCGAUUCGGCUGCUGUCAUUACUUCCACACUGUCGAAGAUCGGGGGCGAAGCCUUCAGGUUUUGAAAAGCACGCGUCGCGUCUUGGCUGACUAGGCGACCUUGUUUAAGGUUUUCAGCAAACAGGAAGUAGCCCUCGUUGGCUUGGACCAGUGGUUCUCGAUGUAUUUAGCCCAACCUCGCGCAGCAGAUUCAAGUGCGUCGCUGAUGCGGCCCCAGCCGAUCCCAAGAUGCAUAGUGAAGUCAUCCACAACAGGCUGUGCAGGAGAGUCGGUGGCCGAAGACGGAUCCGAGACAUCGCGACCAGGGCUUGACCGGACUGGAGACGAGUCCGCACGAGCAGAGAGCGUGACUGAAGACAUGUCUAGACGCGACGAUUUGUGACUUCGCAGCGAGGGACGUUCUUGAGCUUGUUGUUGCAAUGCGAGGGCCUCUUCGAGUUUGCGUGCCUCAUCUCUGGCUUUCUGCUCCUCAAUCCAUGUGCCGGACUGCGUUGAGGCAUCGUUGACAUAGCGCGAAUUCUUCUUGAUAAGUAUCAUGCCAGGGCCGUACUCCCACUCGUCUUCAUCUUCCUGGGGAGUAACGACGGGCGGAGGCACCUUUUCCGGCGAGUCGAGGUUGACUGCCGCCUCAUCACGAGAGCGUUUGCGACCCCUAGGAGCCUGAGCCGCGUUCUGCGCAAGUGCACUGGCCCAUGGAGCCGGCUGGCUGAGCGAAGAUGACUGAUGUGUGAAGGGUGGUCUACCGAAAGGAGAUUGAAAGGGUGAUUGGAGCGGCAUGGUGAGGACUGGCGAGGAUGUACGACCAAACGACGCCAUUGUGGGCUAAAUCUGUUGAGAUCAAAAUAAGAUGGCAGUUAGAAUCGAACGAUGGGUGCUGUGAUGGGUGAUCUGGUGCAGGUAUGUGCUAUGGUCAAGUUAGAUCGACGCGGGUCACGUAAAGAUAAGCGCGUUGUAAAUGGACAAUGUGGAGCAGAGCGAUUGAAGGCCAGUAGAUGGUCUGGGGGCAGAUGGAAAUGUAGGAGGAUAAACUAAGAUGAUUAAGGCAGGUAGACUUUGAUGUCUCAGGGCAAAAAAUAUGAGAUAGAGGGAGACAAAUUGCAGAACGUGGGGAUAAGUGACAGCAGUGCACUUAAAGGCCCGGGGUCUGGGCGAGGACGUGGACGACGCGGUGACGGCGGUAGGACGACGAGGCCGGCGCGGGUGUUGUACCAAAUAUAUAAUGAGAACCCAAAUUGGUCAAUGCAGUCUGGGUGGAAGAGUGAGGUAAAAGGGAAAAAGGUGAAGGGAUCUCGAGACAAGUGUGCGAGGGGGAAGCAGCGGAACUUAUGGUGGCAGGACGCGGAAGAAGGAAGUGAGAGAGAUGUAACGGGCGGCGCAAAAAGGGCAAAUAGCACGAGGUGCGAUUCGUGA